AUUGCCAGUGCGCGGUGAGUGCGGCGUGUUUCGAGCACCUCGAUGGAGUCGGCGGUGGAGGAGUUGAUGCCCCGCCUCUUACCUGUAGAGGACUGCGACCUCGCGGAAGAUUUCGACCCCACGGUGCCCCCCCGAACUCCGCAAGAGUACUUAAAGCGGGUCCAGAUUGAAGCUGCAAAAUGUCCUGAUGUUGUUGUGGCCCAGAUCGACCCCAAGAAACUGAAAAAGAAGCAGACUGUAAAUAUUUCACUUUCAGGGUGUCAACCUGCUCCUGAAGGAUACUCUCCAACUCUGAAAUGGCAACAGCAACAAGUGGCUCAUUUUUCAGCUAUUCGCCAGAGUGUAAACAAGCACAGGAAUCACUGGAAAGCACAACAUUUGGACAGCAAUGUAACAAUGCCCAGAUCAGAUGAUGAAGAAGGUUGGAAAAAAUUCUGCUUAGGUGAAAAGUUAUAUUUAGAGAUAAGAGAUCAAGUCUCCACUGAUGAAAAUCCAGGAAUUGAUUAUGUACAGAUUGGCUUUCCUCCAUUACUGAGCAUUGUUAGCAGAAUGAAUCAGGCAACAGUGACCAGUGUCUUGGAAUACCUGACAAACUGGCUUGUGGAGAAAGAAUUUACUCCAGAAUUGGGCAGAUGGCUUUAUGCUUUGUUAGCUUGUCUGGAGAAACCAUUAUUACCAGAGGCUCACUCUCUAAUUCGACAACUGGCUAGGCAGUGCUCUGAAGUGAGGGUACUGGAGGAGAACAAGAAUGAUGAAAAAGUGUCUGCUCUAAACUUGUUAAUUUGUUUGGUUGGAAGGUAUUUUGAUCAACAUGACCUGGCUGAUGAGGCAUCCUAGUAAGCAUUUGGAAACUGUACAUGCACAAAAUGUCAGUCAUUCUCAGGCAGGAUACCCCUGCUGUCAGUCAGCACUUUUAUGACUGAAGUAUGAAGAGUGGACAUGCCACAUGUUCCAAUGUGACCUUACUGGACAUGGUGUCAUUGUACAUUUGUUUUUAAGAAAAUAGAUUGAUUUUAGCAAGUGAAGAUGUUAAUAAAAUAUUUUCUUAUACAAUUAUUUGCCCAUAAUUCAGUUGAUGUGAGAUCUACAUACAAACUCUGCAUGUCUCCUUAUUCAAAGUAUUGCACAAUGAAGCAAUAGGCUUUUAUCUUAUUAGAGCCCAACAGAACUGAAGCAGACUAAUAAAAAAGCUAUUUACAUUGAACAAUAAAAUUUUAAAAAAACAUUAAGUGUGAACAUGGCGGCUUUAAAAUACUGCACUAAUUCGGUCAAUGCAUCUUGGAAACACUAUGGAAAUAGUUCGCCAUUGCCUUUUUUCAGGAUGUUUCUUGACUUUCUCGUCUACCCUACCACUCUGGGAUUUCCUAGUGGUCUCCCAUUCAAGUAUUAACAAGGUCCAAUCCUGCUUAAAUUUUCUGAGGAGCAAAAUUCACCCAGGUACUCCCAUCUGCUGUGACCCUUCAUUAGAUAAAGUAAAACCAGUCAUAUUUGAUACCAAGCUGACCUAUACUGUAGACUUU